AUGGGUAACGCAUGGUCCGACUUCUCAUACAACCUUCACGGUAUCCUGCAAGCUUUUCCGCCCAAGUCCCAGUUCAGCAUCGACCAGAUUCCUGACCUCACUGGCAGGGUCGUCAUCGUGACCGGUGGUAACGUUGGUAUCGGUCAUGAGACCUGCAAGGCGCUGUUAAUGCACAAUGCGAAGGUUUACCUUGCGGCGCGCAGCAAGGAGAAAGCUCUAAAUGCCAUCACCUUGCUGAAAGAGCAGACCGGCAAGGAAACCAUCUUCCUUGAGCUCGACCUAUCGGAUCUGCAUUCUGUCAAGACCGCCGCCGAGGAGUUCCUCAGCAAGGAACACGAGCUCCACAUCCUCUUCAAUAACGCAGGCGUGAUGUGGGCCCCGCUCGACUUGCUCACCAAACAGGGAUACGAUCUGCAGUUUGGGACGAACGCCAUUGGCCACUUCGCGUUUACCGAGUUCCUCAUGCCCGCCCUCCUCGCCGGCGUCGUGUCCUCACCCGACCACCACACGCGCAUUGUCACUACGUCCUCGAGUGCCGGGUACGUAGGCAAGAUCGACUUCGAUGCCAUCAGGGACGGCCCCGCGCGGAGGAAGCUGUCCACGUCACAGCUGUACUUCAACAGCAAGCUGGCCAACGGCAUCGUCGCUAACCAAACUGCAAAACGAUAUGCCGAUAAGGGCAUAAUCUCUGUCUCGCUGAACCCCGGAAACUUUGUUCGGACCGAACUCGGACGCUAUGCGAGCCCGUUCCUGUUGUUCUUCCUGGAUAAGAUUGUGGUUCCCGCCAGCACGGGCGCGCUCACACAGCUGUAUGCGGGGACAAUGCCGGAGGCCCUCAACCACAACGGAGCGUACUUCAUCCCCUGGGCCCGUGUCGGGAGAUUCAGGGAGGAGGCAUACGAUGACAUACUAGGCGAGAAGAUGUGGAAAUAUCUAGAGGGGGAGGUCAAGAAGCACACCUCUUGA